GUUUUCUGAUUGGACGAGAGCAGGAGCUCUCUGACACGAUUGGUUUUCCGGGCUCUUCCGGUGAACAUGGCGGCUGUGAGAGCACUGAGGGGCUGCAGCCGGUCAUUCGUCCGUCUGGCCAGUCUUAGGCAGCUGACCUCAUGUAACCGGUUUUUGCUGAUAAAAGCAUGGAAACAACCUAAUUCUUUAAAUCUGCAAACUUCACAGCUCAGGUACUUCAGAACUAUUUCAGCAUUGAAUGGUCAGAUUGUACAGUUCAAUUUGUCAGACAUUGGAGAAGGAAUCACAGAGGUCACAUUGAAAGACUGGUAUGUGAAAGUAGGUGACACGGUGUCCCAGUUUGACAGUAUCUGUGAAGUACAGAGUGACAAGGCUUCAGUGACAAUCACAAGCCGCUAUGAUGGGGUUAUUCGGAAGUUGCAUUACAGUGUGGAUGACACAGCAUUGGUUGGAAAGCCUCUGGUUGACAUUGAAAAAGAUGUUCUUAAAGAUGGAGCCCCAGAAGAAGAUGUUGUGGAGACUGCUGCUGCAUCGCAAGAACAUACACACCAGGAAAUAAAGGGACACAGGACUCAAGCAACUCCUGCUGUCAGACGCCUUGCCAUGGAGAACAAUAUCAAACUGAGUGAAAUAGUGGGCACUGGACGGGACGGACGUAUCCUAAAAGAAGACAUUUUAAACUUUCUGGCCAAACAAACAGGAGCCAUAAUACCGCCUUCUCCAGAAAUUGAAAUCAUACCUCCUUUUCCUAGAGCACAGAUCCCCAAGUCAUCCCAGAAAGAGGUGACUCCUAGCAUCCCUGUGACUUUCACUAAGCCCAUUACAUUCUCAGGGAAGGAUGUGACGGAGCCAUUGAAAGGGUUCCAUAAAGCCAUGGUGAAGACAAUGUCUGCUGCAUUAAAGAUCCCUCAUUUUGGGUACUGUGAUGAAAUUGAUAUGACACAACUUGUCCAAAUAAGAGAGGACCUAAAGCCUGCAGCUGAAGCACGAGGGGUCCGUCUGUCAUUCAUGCCCUUCUUCAUCAAGGCAGCCAGUCUGGGUUUACUGCAGUAUCCAGUCCUCAACGCAUCAUUGGAUGAAAAUUGUCAGAAUAUUACCUAUAAGGCUGCUCACAACAUUGGUAUUGCUAUGGAUACACCCCAAGGUCUGAUUGUCCCGAAUGUGAAGAAUGUACAAGUCCGAAGUAUAUUUGAAAUUGCUACUGAACUUAACCGACUACAGAACCUGGGUUCCUCGGGGCAACUGGGGGCUGCUGAGCUGACAGGGGGAACUUUUACACUAUCCAACAUUGGUUCUAUUGGGGGUACCUACGCCAAGCCUGUAAUAUUACCUCCAGAAGUGGCUAUUGGAGCGUUUGGAAAAAUGCAGGUUGUUCCACGGUUCGACUCAAGAGGGCAGGUGGUAAAAGCUCACAUUCUCAACAUUAGCUGGUCUGCGGACCACAGGAUUAUCGAUGGAGCAACCAUGUCCAGAUUCUCUAAUCUCUGGAAAUCCUACCUCGAGAACCCAUCUUCCAUGCUCCUGGAUCUAAAAUGAAACGGAUGAAGAGAAGUAUUAUAUUUUCUCCACUAACAGGAACAACACACUCUCCCCACCAAAAACCUCUGUCUGAUUUUCCUUCACUGUGGGAGGCACUGCAUUCUCAAUGUCCUAUGGACAAAUGUGCACAAUAAAGCACAAGUUACAGGACGACUUUACAGUUCAAGGAUAUCGUUCUCUGUUUAGUAUUUUAACUUUUUAGAUUCAAAUGUCUGGAAAAUACUUUACAAGGUAUUGUCAGCCCAUCUAUCUGUGAAUGGCUUUAAGCCGAUCUCGGAAACACAGUGGGCCUUACUAAAUAAAUUGCCUAAAGGAGAAGGUAUGCUUGUUUUUAAAUCCCAUUCAGAUUAUGCCUUUCAGUCAUAUGAUACACAAUGGGAGGAUGAGAGGAAGAAUUUGGUUGCCAUGGGCAUC